AUGUUCUGCUACCGCUCUUACCGCCACUCCCGCCGAAAACGCCAACGCCUCCUAACCCUCGCCCUCCCCAUCAUUGCGCUCCUCACACUAACUCUCCCCUUCUACAUCAUCUACAAGCCCCCUCAUCUUCUGGUCUCUUAUUUCGCACGCAAAUACCCCGAUAUUCUCUGGCAUGUGCCGAAAUUGAAGCCCGGCGCGCAACCCAUCGUCGCUCUCACAAUCGAUGACGCACCUUCAGAUUAUACGCCGGAGAUCCUUCGGCUGCUCCGCGAGAACGAUGCGAGGGCUACAUUCUUCCUUAUCGGUGACCAUAUCCCGGGGCGAGAGGGUCUUAUGAGGGAUGCUGUGAACGAGGGGCACGAACUUGCGAACCAUGCGAUGCACGACGAGCCGAGCAAGGAUCUGAGUGAUCAAGAACUGGCAGCGCAGAUCCAGGCGGUACAGAGUCGGAUUCAGCGGAUCUAUGCAAUGGCUGGAAGACAGGCUGAGGCGCAUGAUGAGGUGAAACUGGAUGAUUCCGAGCAGGACUCACUUUUUGCUGGGGCCGGUACCCGAUCGUCGUCCAAGCAAUCCCGCGGCGUUGAGAAUGCGGAAGGGCAGGGACUGAGUGAGGUUGGAGAGAGUAUACCUGCUGGUGCGGGCGGACCGGGACGGUAUUUCCGACCAGGCUCUGGGCUAUUCACAGAUCGAAUGAGGGCGCUCGUACAGCGGCAGGGGUUCCGACUUGUGCUGGGGAGUGUGUAUCCGCACGACCCGCAAAUCAGUGUACCGUGGGUGAACGCUGCGCAUGUCUUGAGUAUGGUCAGACCGGGGAGUAUUAUCAUUGUGCACGAUCGGAGGCCCUGGACGGCGCCGAUGCUGGCUACUGUUCUACCUGAACUGAAGAGGAGGGGUUAUAGGGUUGGGACUGUAUCGGACUUGCUGAAGGAGGGGGCUUCCAUGACUGCAUAG